GCUGCGCUUCUCCACCUUUACGAGAUUUGCCCGACCACGCAACCCUGAGGAUGAUCAUCGACUCGCCGUGGAUCGGGCCACUCAAGGCGCCUCUUCCGCCCUGCUCGCCGGUUUCUAUUUAUUCAUCCGGCCUGCACAUCUAUUUGACUCUCCACCUCGCUCUUUCAGUCCGGCCUCCGUCACUGCCAAUUCUUACCACAGUCUUUCUUUACUACACCGAAGUCACGGUCUAAUAAUACUACUAUCAUAAUGAAAGCCGUCGCUGCUGCCGCCUCCCUCCUCGGAGCCCUUCCCCUCGCUUCUGCCCUCGCCAAGGGCUUCAACAUUGCUGCCGAGAGGCCCGAUGGCAGCUGCAAGUCCGCCGCCGACUGGGACUACAACUUCAAGCAGAUGAAGGCCCUGCCCGGCAGCUUCACUGAUGUCCGUGUCUACGCCGCCUCGGACUGCAACACCCUCGAGCUGGCCGUCCCCGCCGCCAAGGCCAACAACGUCAAGCUUCUUGUCGGUGUCUGGACCCAGAACGACGACCACUUCAGCCAGGAGAAGGCCGCUCUCGAGCGUGCCAUCGCCGCCAACGGCGUUGACUGGAUCUCCGGUGUCUCCGUCGGCUCCGAGGAUCUCUACCGUGGUGAGACCACGGCCGACAUCAUGGCCCAGAAGAUCUACGACGUCCGUGGCAUGAUCAGCCAGGACAAGUAUGGCGGCAAGAACAUCAAGGUCGGCCACGUCGACACCUACAAUGCCUACAACGCCUCCUCGGCCGCUGUCAUCAAGGCCGCCGACUUCAUCGGCAUGGACGCCUACCCGUACUGGCAGGGUGUGACUCCCGACCAAGGCAAGGCCACCUUCCAGGAGGCUCUUGACACCACCCAGGGCUUCAUUGACCAGUUCCACCCCGGUGCCGAGCUGUGGAUCACCGAGACCGGCUGGCCCACUGCUGGCCCCUCGUUCGGCAACUCGCACGCCAGCCCGGCCAACGCCCAGGUCUUCUGGAAGGACGUGCUCUGCGGCCUGUCCAAGAACUACAACACCUGGUGGUUCACGCUCCGCGACUACCAGAACGCGCCCGCGUCGCAGGCCUUUGGUGUCCUGGACCAGAACUUCCAGCCCAUCUUCGACCUCAACUGCUAGAUUUCGAUUUAGCAGCGUCGAGGCGCUAGUGUACGGGACGGUUGAUAUGAGCAGUGGCCUAAUGCCCCUUGCGGCAACAAACCCCUUCUUGUAGAUAUUAUUAUUAGACAUGUAACGAGGUCAAACGGCAGUGCGCCUCCUCGAGGUCGACAUUACUUACGCACAUUUCUAUUGCACGAAGAAACACCCCCA